UGGACUCCCUGGGAUUUUGUCGAGCUUACAACAGACUCGUUUUUCGGCUGCUCGUCUCUUUGCAAGUCAGCUCCGAGACUCCACUUGUAGUCUUUGUCCCGGUCGUCGAGGCAGCGAUGUCGUGGGACUGCGGUCUGAGGUACAUGUUCUCCGUCUCCCCUUCGUUGCAGCCGGGCAACAUGUGCGUCCUGCAUGAUAAGGAGGAGCUGUCCAGAUUGGAGAUGGUCCAGAGACUGGCCAAGGAUGGCUGCCGCUUCUUGCAGAAUCACAGCAAGGGCCCACAGAAGGCAAAUGAGCCUGUCCAGAGUGACGAGGCAGUGCGCGUGCAGGAGCGGGGCCGCUGCGUUCUGGUUCUCCAGAGGAUGUCGUCACAGCCGGCGAGGGGAGGAGGGAAGCGGGAGGAGGAGGAGGAGGCGGUGAGGAACAGGAGGUACAUGGUGGUGUCAGGGACCCCAGAGAAAAUCCUGGACCACAUGCUGAAUGGCUUGAGGCUGGAGGAGGACCCGGCCACACAGGGCAAAGAGACCGACACACUUUUGGAUGACUUUUUGCUGACCUACCCAGUGUUUAUGUCAACCAGUGAUUUAUGCCAAGCUCUUCUGGGACAUUAUUGCUGCAAGUGCUGCAGAGUGAAAGAAGAUGCGAAGGAGGCUCUGGAGAGGAAACAGAAAGUGGCGCACCUGGUGUCGCAGUGGAUGCUUCUCUGCAGAGACUUCCUAAGAGAGGACGAGCAUGUCAAAGUGUUCAUGAAGACUUUGUACCACUAUAUGCUGGAUGACCUUUAUGAGCACCCCGCCUUGGAGAGGGAUGUUAGGGAGCUGCAGAAGCUUUACCAGCUGCAUCGUAGACACACAGUGGAGGAAUACUCCCCUCAAAGAAAGAGCAAAGCACUUUUCCACCAAUUGAGCCUGAAAGAGAACGGGGUCUUGUCGAGGGCCACGCAGAGACAGACCAAGGAAGUACCAUGUCAUGUGUACAUCACGAUGGACUCCUAUCUGAGCAUGAGAGCCCAUCCUGGUGUUGUGGCUCAGGAGUUGCUCCAAGCAGUGGCUGAGAGGAUGGACGUCUCCCAGGGGGAACUGGUGCUGGUGGCCGUGACUUAUCCUGGAGGCAGACUCCUCCUGCAGCCUCACGACACACUUUUCUCCCCUUUGCUGCGGCCGGUGGGAAGAUUGCAUGUUUGCAGAAAGGACCUGGGUGAAGUCCUGAACCCAUUCACAGAAAACUCAAAACUACAACAGAGGACCGCACGCAUGCUUAGUUUAAACACAUGGAACGUGGCUGUAGCUCUUAGCAACAUUGACUGGACCAUAUUUAACUCGGUUCACGAGCAAGAGCUGAUCUACUUCACGUUCAGGCGUCAUACUAGCGGCAGCCACCCGGCGGCGCUAGAGUUGCUACUUCAGCGCUGCAACGAGAUCCAACUGUGGGUGAUGACUGAAGUGCUGCUGUGCACGGCGCUCUGCCAAAGAGUUCAGCUCAUCAAGAAGUUCAUCAAGAUAGCUGCCCACUGCAAAGCACAGAGGAACCUCCACUGUUUCUUUGCUAUUAUAAUGGGCCUGAACACUGCUGCUGUCAGUCGCCUGAGUCAGACGUGGGAGAAAAUUCCUGGGAAAUUUAAAAAGCUGUUUUCCGAGCUAGAGAGCAUCACGGAUCCCUCGCUGAACCAUAAGGCCUACAGGGACACGUUCAAAAAGAUGAAAGCGCCAAAGAUCCCCUUUCUUCCUCUGCUGCUUAAAGAUAUCACAUUCAUUCAUGAAGGCAACAAGACAUUUCAUGAAAAUCUGGUAAAUUUUGAAAAGUUGCACAUGAUCGCCGACACGGUCCGUAUCAUCAGACAGUGUCGGAAGGAUCAUUUGGGGAACGGCAUCAGCCCAAAGAGCAGCGCAGAAGUGCACGCUUACAUGGAUAACCUUCACAUCAUCGACAAUCAGCAGUCCCUCUUUGAACUGUCACACAGGCUGGAGCCUCGGACUUGAGAGGAAAGACGUUACUUACUGUAGCCUUCUUCUUAACACUCAGGACCAUAUCAGCAAGCCGAGGUCACGCAGCUGGACGACCACCAGAGAGAGUUGGUCAAUCAGGAAAUACAUAUCUAACGGAGGAGAAAAAUAUAAAGGGAAGGAUUGUUUUUGUUACUACAUGUAUUUUUGGAGAGGUUCACCACAAUAUCAUUUUCACAUCUGCCCUGCUGCGUGUAUGGCGCAUAGAGGGCCGGUCUAAACUGUUGCUGUGACUCUCAAUGUCCAGCAGGUGGAAGCAUUUGGCAAAUGGGUUUCAUAUUGUCCCAGUUCGACUCAUCUGGGGAGGCUGAGUCCAGUGUUUCUCAACCCUGGCACUAUACAUCACUGGAUGAACAGAGAUAUAUUAAUUGUACUAAAUGGAUCAUUUUUGAACUCAUGAAAUCAAAUUGGAUAAUUUCCUGAUGAUCUCUCAUGGCACACGUGUCAUGCACAGUGGUUUAGCCAACGAGAUAUUGAUAGCCAUCAAUGUCGAGGUGGUUCCCAUUAAAGAAAUUCAACACCAUUUUUAAGUGGCUCCUUAAAUGUUAAUAUACAGUAUAGCAGAUAGCCCAGUUACUAUUAAUUAUUUAAAUGGUAGAAUGACAAUGACGACCACAACCAAAGAGCAUUUUACUAAAGAUGUAUUCUGUUCUGUGUUGCUUCAAAACAUUAUCUACUGUUGUUUUUGAUGGUGGAGAAACUGCAGUCAUAACUACAUGAGUGGAGCCCAAGUCUUACAGACGAGUUACAAAUCAUGCUUAAAGUAAUUAGUGUUUAUAUUGUUCAGUGUGUGGUUAUAUAAGAUAAACAAUGCACUGGAUUAUUGGAGAAUGUUAAUUUGAAAAGGUGGUUGAAAAUUCAAUUACAUUAACACCAUAAAAAAAAAAAAUCAUAUUCAAAUAAAUGCUGUGGACAAUCAAUAUAAGGAGAAGACACAUUCAAUCACAUCAGUCUAUAUUAUUGUACUCAAAACGUUUUUUUCAGAAUGGAAUUCCAACAGCGUUGUGUUCUAUUUGAGUUUAGUAUGCCACAAAGCCCACUGUCUAUUUCAACCAUCUAAUCUCGUUUACUUGGAUAGUGUAAUGUUGUAGGGAGGGGGACUGUCCCUGUAGGGAAAAUGUGACGUGAAAUACUGCAGCACUUUCAGGAGGUUUUGCGAACAUUUAGUGAGAAGUUGAAGUCAAGAAAACAUUUCCGAGCUCAAAACCUCAAAUUGCUGCUGCCCUAGAUGUAUCUUGAGUUGUGACUCAGUAGAAUGUACCGGUAUAUUACAUUCCACUUAUUUGUAUACACCAUUGUAAAUAUAGACUGUUAAAACAAUGCAUUUUUUGCAAUGUAUUUAUUAAAUAUUGCGUGUGCAUAUCCUAUUUAUUUGUUUCAGAAUAAUUUAUUUCUAUUGUCUCAACUUUGUUACAUUUCAAUGAACAGUUUUGACUGGUGUGUGUGACGUG